GAAUAAAAAAAACAUAGGGCAGCAUUGACUUGACCACAAAGAGCUGUACACCCCAUUUUCUUCCAUUCUUUUCCUUCAACUCUUCUCCUUCUUUGCAGUUUCCUUAAAACCAAAUUUCACCAUAAAAAAACUCCUACUUUAUUGACCUGACUUCUAACACAAUAUAUUGCUAUUACUAGAGUGUUCAAGUAUAUAUAGUUGUCAUUUGUAGGUGACUUGAAUGGAGGAUUUGCAAGCAAGUAACUAACUGGUAUGGCAUUUGGAAGAAAUAGGUCAACAAAAAUGGGACCUGAGGAGCCUGAAGACAACAUCACUUACAUGGAUGCUUCGCUGUAUAAGGCAGCAGCAGAAGGCAACAUUGAAGUAUUCAAUAAUAAGCAGGGGCUUCAACUUGAGUCGCUAAAGACCCCAAACCAUGACAACCUGCUCCAUGUUAACUUGGCAACCCAGGAGAAUGCUGUCUGGCUUUUUGACAGUGUUCACUCGUUAUUCAAAUUAUUCCCCGCACAAUAUGUAUUAUUCUAUCGGGAUUUAAGAAUUUUCAUUACUAUGAUAAAAAGAGAAAAGAGAUCAGAUUUUAUCGAACAAAUUCUCAGCAAGUGUCCGUCACUGCUACUCCAAACGAAUGCUAAAGGUCAAACUCCUUUGCACAUUGCAGCAAGGUAUGGACAUUCUGCUAUUGUGAAAAUACUAAUCAAGUCUUGUGCAAAAGCCAGAGAUGAAGAUUUAGAGAAGCUGGGAAUGGAUCAAGUAAAUGCAGUGAGGGAGAUGCUGAGGAUUACGGAUCAGGAGUCCAACACGGCUUUACAUGAAGCAGCAGGGUGUGGCAAUGUUGAAGUGGUGAAAGCAUUGUUGGAGUUUGAAGACCCUGAUUUUCCGUAUUCUGCCAGCAAAAAACAGGAGACUCCACUUUACAUAGCAGCUAGGAGGAGAGGAUCUGCGCGCUUGUUGACUCUAUUAUUAGAUAAACUCAAAUCAACUGGUCAUGGAGGCCCCCAUGGUAGAACAGCUUUGCAUGCAGCAGCUAUGGCUGGAGAUGCAGAGGCAAUAAGGGUAAUAUUAAAGAAGAAGGGGAAUCUGACAAAAGAAAGAGAUGAAGAUGGACACACCCCUCUUCAUUAUGCUGCACACUUUGGUCGUAGAUUCUCAGUUGUGAAAGAACUGUUAAAAUGGGAUGUAUCAGCUGCUUAUAUAGGUGAUAAAAAGAGGGGGAUGACACCCCUUCUUAUGGCAGCCAGGCAAGGUUAUCUUGGAACAGUAAGAAUGAUUCUCUCUUUAUGUCCAGAUUGUUGUGAAAAAGUGGACAACAAAGGUUUGAAUUUACUUCAUCAUCUGGCUUUUAGAAGCUCUUCCUCCCCACUAGGGCGUUCACUUUUCAAGUAUGGUGGUAGUGAGAUUGUAUAUGGAUCAUUCAGAAAUCUAAGAAAGUUGGAAGGUGCCUUUGGAAUGGCACCUCAAGAAGUUUAUAAUGCACUUCGAUCUGAGAAACGUCAUUAUAAACAGAAGCAAAUCAAAGAAUUGUUGGAAGAAAUUGAGAAUGAUCAAGUGGCGGAGGAACCAGUUCGUCGCUUUCCCAUAAAAAAUAUUUCUACAGAAAGCUUGGAGAAGAAAAGAGAAGCUCAUUUAAUAGUGGCAGCACUUAUAGCCACCGUCGCAUUCGCAGCGGCAAUAACUGUUCCAGGCGGUUUGCAGAGUGAAAAAGGGUCAGAGCAAGGCACUCCCCUUUUGAUUCAUGAGGCAGCGUUUAAAGCAUUUGUUGUGACAAAUGCAUUGGCCUUUCUUUUCUCUGUUACUGCCCUCACCACCCACUUUGGGGUUCUGGAUAAUCUAUUAUCAAGAUUUGAAUUUUUUCGUCAAACAGUUUUAUAUCGAACUCAGUCCGUUUCUGGGAUCCUUGGCUAUGCAACGCUGGCAAUGGUGAUUGCUUUCAGCACAUGCAGUUAUUUGGUCUUAAAACCUUCCCACGAACUUGUCAUUGUUUCGUAUCUCAUUUGCCCUACCUUUUUACUCUGUAUUUGGGCAAUUUUGAAUCCUUCAAUACAUAUGUAAAAUAUAAAUAUAUGAUAAUAUUACUUUAUCAUUGAUUACAA